AUGAAAAUGAAGAUCCCUCUCCUUACAACACUACUACAUGUGCUUCCCCUGGUACAGGCUGCCCCAGCCCGAAGGGAUAGCGAUUCUAAUCCCGGCCUUCGAGGAAGCGAAUCGCUCGUCGGAUAUUCGCCAACGGAACCCUCUGCUAGUAAAUCAGCACCUGACAUCACAUAUUCCCUGCUUUCCGGACAGACGGAGGACCCGAAAAUUGGAUCAUAUCUCGAUUUUGAGAAAGUCGACAACCCCCAGCCAAUCCGUGGUUCGACUGGCGGAGACGACCCGGGCCCGAGAAAUUACAAUUAUGACCGCAUCAACAGUGAUAAGUUGGCACCUCCGGGGACCGAUCAUGGGCAGACAAUCAAUGCUCAAUGGCCAAUGGGACUAAGUCACAACAGGCUCGGAAUCGAGGGCGCAGGAUGGGCUCGCCAAGAAAACACCGUCGUGAUGCCCGAUGCCCAAUUGAUGGCAGGAGUCGAUAUGAGACUUGAGCCAGCUGCCUAUCGUGAACUUCAUUGGCAUGUGGCAUCGGAAUGGUCUUUGGUGUUGAACGGGUCAUGCAGAAUCCAGGCAAUUAACGAGAACGGAGAGACGUUUAUUGAUGACUUGAAUGCUGGUGAUGUCUGGUUCUUCCCUCCGGGCAUUCCGCAUUCCAUUCAAGCACUCAAUGAUGGAGUAGAGUUCCUCCUCGUUUUCGAUGACGGAGACUUUAGCGAGGACAACACCUUCCUUGCCACCGAAGUCUUCCUUCACACCCCGAAAGAGGUACUCGCCAAGAAUCUUGGACUGACCACGUCGGCAUUCGACAACGUCCCCGAUGAUGAACUUUACAUUUUUAAGGGAACACCAGCACCUGCAGAUAUUGAAGAGCAAAAUGUGACAACAUCUGCCGGACCUGUGCCUCGCACCAAGAGCUACUCGUAUCACUUCUCAGAGCAGGAAGCUCACAGCGUUGCUGGAGGGUCUGUGAAGAUCGUCGACCCAAUCAACUUCCCUAUUGCUAGCAAUUUCUCCGCUGCUAUCGUCACCGUUCACCCAGGUGGCAUGCGUGAGAUUCACUGGCAUCCGACUAGCGAUGAGUGGACGUUCUUCAUCUCCGGCCAAGGCCGAGCUACUCUCUUCACCGCCCCGAACGCCGCGACUACAUUUGAUUAUAGAGCCGGAGAUGUCGGAUACUUCCCCAAGUCUAACAGUCACUAUAUUGAAAACACAGGAGAUGAAGAUUUGGUAUUCGUGGAAGUGCUUCAGGCGCCCGAGUUUACUGAUAUGGCCCUUGGUCAGUGGAUUGCCUCCACACCAAAGCAGAUCAUUUCCGAUACCCUGAAUCUGAGCAAUGACACGCUAAGCAAGCUCAAGAAAGAGAAACAAUAUGUUGUCGCUGGAAACACCAGUUCAUAA